UCUGACAGUCAAGUCCCAUGCCUCCGUUUGUACCAAACACCAACGGCGUAAAAGUUCCCAUUUCCACCUCCAUCACUCUCUAGUUGUAUUUCCUCUUCUUCUCGUUUUCUUGCUCUUUGAAGAUCGUAGCUGUGGACUUGCCCUGGUUGGACCUGGAGUUAACAUGCGUUACACUGAACUAAUUAACAUGCGUCAUAAUGAACUAAUCGCCGAAAAUUACAGAAGAUUCAAUAUCAGUAUAGCAGGUGCAAACAGCGGAGAACUCGGAUCGGCCAAUGAUGGAAUCUGGCAUUACAUUUGCUUUACUUGGCAGAGCAGUAAUGGUACCGUAAUGUUUCAUAAAGAUGGAAGUCUCGAACAAAGCAGUGGUCUAUUAGGGACUGGUGGUUCUCUGGUUUUAGGACAAGAGCAAGACUCGCUCGAGAAAGCUUUGAUCGUGCUGAAGCGUUCCAAAGCCACCUGGCAAACUUGAAUAUGUACGUGGUCAUAUGUCCUUCCUGCAAAAGACAUUCAGAGGCUCUCGUAAUCUUGCCUUGCUGGGAAAGGGAAUGUUUGGAAAUGGAACGAAUUCAUUUAUGGGCUUAAAGGAAAAACCGCAGUUGUCAUGCCAUCUCCGUGUGAGACAGGGGAAUGAUUCCACCGCGAAAGAACACUGUGUUCGAAA